AAGAGGCUCUUAUCACUUAAUAUAAAUUCGUUUUCUUUCUGGGAAAAACCAUAAAUGUAGUUUACCUAAAAAAUUCAUACAGUUUAAAUAUUGUCGCAGUUAUUUAUGUACAAAUUGGACAGUGUAUUAAAACAGGAUCAACAUAAGGUUUGAAAUACGUUGUCGAGUAUGAGACUACUCUUUGAUGCUGUGAAAUCCGGGGAUUUGGAGGCAGUAAAAACACACUUGGAGGCUGUUCCUGUAGGAAGGUGGGAUACAGACAAUGCAGGCAACACUCCUCUACAUAUUGCUUUCAAACCAAAGUAUAAUAAAGCUUUGAACAUUUUCUAUGAAUUUGACAUUACCAGCGACGUGUUCAAUCAAAGAAAUAAUGACGGUUAUAGCAUUCUUCACUAUGCUGCCCAACAGAAGAACUUAGACUGGACGAAAAAAAUUCUAAGCUGUCCUGAAAUUGAUAUAGAUACAGAAAAUUUAUAUGGAAACACACCUUUCAUGCUUAGUGUAAUCAAUAAUGAACUUAAGAUCGCAGAGCUCUUGAAGGACAAAAAUGCCGACAUCAAUCACAGCAACCACAAAAAAUGGACUGCAUUACACUUCACUGCUUCAAAAGGAUUACUGGAAUGUUCUGAACAACUUAUCAAGUGGGGAGCCAAAUUAGAUAUGAAAAAUAAUUUUGGAGCAACCCCUCUGAUUAGAGCUAGCAUUAACGGAAACGUGCAAAUCGUCGAGUGUCUUUUGAAACAUGAUGUUGAUGUCAACUCUCUUGAUAUCAACAAGUGGACAUCAGUACAUCAUGCUGCCAAGAGGGGACAUAUCAAUAUUCUUCGUUUGUUGUUAGAGAGAAAAGCCGAGGUUGAUGGCGUGAAUGAGUCUGGAAAUACUCCGUUGAUCAUAGCAUGUCUGAAUAACUCUCCUGAAGCUGUUGGUAUAUUACUAGAUCACCAUGCUGACGUGAAUUUUCGUUCAAAUCAAGGAACUACUGCUCUGGAUAUUGCCACCAGAGAAAAACACAAUGACUGCACUUCUAUAAUCGAAAAAAAGAUAAGAGAAAAACAUUUAACACUGAGCAAUACGUAUCAAGCUGUUGGAAUUUUACGUAACAACGAUGAUUUCCGAGAUGAAGAAGACAUUAUAGAAAGUAUGAGGGAGAAGAAGAAUCAUGAGUGGGGUAAUAUGCCUAGAAAAUCAAAGAAUGCGAAGAAUUGGAAGAGAGGCAGGCAAUCCGAAAUGGCUGACAAAGAAUUUUCCCAUAACUGAUGGGAAAAUGAGUAUUUUCUGAUCACUUUAUUGAAAUCGAUGAUUGAAUGGUCAUAAUAGUGAAUAAAUGGAUUAUAAAAAAUAUUUUACUUCA